CAGCUCUGUCCAGCUAGUGCAGCAUCCAAGCACCUCGUACCCACUGGCCAGACCCAGCCAACUCGCCAACCACCCACGCCCCUCUGUCACCGCCCGCGACAACCUCGUCGUCGUUUGACCCCGCCUCGAACCUGCUCGCCCUCGCCUCGGCUCUCACACCCUCUCGCGAGUGCCCUACUGCCAUGUCGGCCCCUCCCAUCCAGUAUGCCAUCCGCUCCCUCAAGCAGCUCGGCCUCAUCAACGGUCCUCCUGCAUGGGAGCCCGUCGCAUCCUUCCAGAAGCCCGAGAACGCCGUAAAGGUGUACCGCUACUCGGACGACGGCCGCUUCUUCGCCUCGGUCACCAACACGACCGUCCAGGUCCUCGAUGCCGCAACCGCCGCCGUCGUGAGGGAGUUCGAGGCAAAGGGCAUCCUCGACAUCGCCUUUUCCCCAACCGGCGCUCAGCUCCAGACGUGGGAGCGGCAAGUCAAGCCUGCCGACGGCGAGCCGCCACACCGCAACCUGCGCGUGUGGGACGUCGCGUCGGGCCAGGAGCUCGCAUCUUUCUCGCAAAAGUCGUUCGAGGGCUGGGCGCUCCAGUACACGGCCGACGAGACCAAGGCGGUGCGCUGCGUCACCAACGAGGUGCACGUGUACGACACGGCCAACUGGUCGGCCGGCAUCGCCGACAAGGUCCGCCUCGAGGGCGUCACGAGCGUCUCGGUCUCGCCCGGCGCCAACCCGAACCUGGCCCUGUUUGUCGCCGAGAAGAAGGGCGCGCCCGCGUCGGUCAAGAUCCACGGCCUCGCGACCCUCGCCGUCCCGUCCGGCAGCAAGACGUUCUACAAGGCCGACAAGAUCCAGAUGAAGUGGAACAAGACGGGCACCAACCUCCUGUUCCUCACCCAGACCGAGGUCGACAAGACGGGCAAGAGCUACUACGGCGAGACCAACCUGUACCUCAUGAACUCGUCGGGCCAGUUCGACUGCCGCGUCACCCUCGACAAGGAGGGCGGCAUCCACGACUUUGCGUGGUCGCCCAACGACCGCGAGUUUGCCGUCACCUACGGCUACAUGCCCGCCAAGACGGUCAUCUUUGACCAGCGCGUCAAGAUCAUCGCCGACCUCGGGCUCAACCCGCGCAACUUCCUGUCGUACAACCCGCAAGGCCGCCUCCUGUGCGUCGCCGGCUUUGGCAACCUCGCGGGCCAGAUCGACAUUUACGACCGCCAGACGCUCAAGAAGGUCGUCACGUUCGAGGCGCCCAAUACGGUCCACUGCGAGUGGAGCCCCGACGGCCGGUUCCUCAUGUGCGCCACCCUGAGCCCGCGACUGCGCGUCGACAACGGCAUCAAGGUGUACCACUUUACCGGCAGCCUCAUGCACGUCCAGGAGAUUGUCGAGCUGUACCAGGCCUCGUGGCGCCCGGCCAACCCGGCGUGGUACCCGAUGAGCGGCCCGCUCGAGCCCGCACCGGCGUCGACCGUCGCCCUCGCGCCGACGACGACCCAGUCGGCCAAGCCGGCGGCCCCGAGCGGCGCGUACCGCCCUCCCGGCGCUCGCGGCACCCUGACGCCCAACGUGUACAAGCGCGAGGACGAGGGCGGCGCGGCCUACUCGGGCUCGAACGGCGCCGUCCUGUUCCCGCACUCGCAGAGCGCCAACGGCGCCGGCACGGGCGGGUUCGGGCAGCGCGGCGCCAAGAAGGGCGUUCCCGGCGCACCGCCUGGAGCCGGGCAGGGCGAGGACCCGCUCGCGAACCGGCGCAAGAAGAAGGGCGGCAAGAAGGGCGGCCAGCAGCAGCAGCAGGACGGCGGCGACUCGUCGUUGGCCCCGGGCAGCGGUGCCGCGACGCCUGCCCCGGCACCUGAGCCGGCGCCCGUCCCGGCGCUCGCGCCCCCGAUCCCGGUCGUCGAGCCGACGCUCUCGCCCGAGGACAAGAAGCGCCGCGCCAUCGUCAAGAAGCUCACGGCCAUCGAGCAGCUCAAGGUUAAGAAGGCGCAGGGCGAGAAGCUCGAGUUGACGCAGCACAAGAAGCUCGACUCGGAGGCCGAGUUGCGCAAGGAGCUCGCCGCGCUCGGCGCCUGAGUGGCUCGUCGUGUGUCGGCGUCGGCGAGGGAGGAGGGGAGCGAGGGGAGGAGCGGGAGGAAGCGGCGUUCUCUACCGGUCGGGGUUCUCGUUGUUCGGGCCCGUGCCGCAUCAUGUUGAUCUUCGCAAUCUCGCAUCUUCACUGCAUUGUCACCUGUCGCUCGUU